AGCACGCUACAUGUGAAAGUUGCAGCUAGCUUAGCUGGAGGCUAAACAUUACUAGGAUUCAUGAAACACUCAGCAUGAGAUCCGCGUAAUAAAUGCCAGUUUUAAUGACUUUGCGAGGCAGUGGCCAUCUAUAGACACAACUCGACUCAACUGGAAACGGUAACAAAGCGCUAACAAGCCGAUCUAUGUUAGCAUUAGCUCGUACUUCAGUCCCAUGUCAGUUAAACUGACUGCAGCACAAGAUGUGGAGAUGUUUACAUCGAGCCUGGCAGCGGAGGAGCAGAGAGAGCUGGCGAGGAGACUCACCUCCUUCCUGUCUCAGUACAGCCACCUGUCCGACUCCUAUAUAAUUUUUGUUAUUCAUCUGCAGGAGUUCUUCACUGAAGAUCUGUGGCACACUUUACCCACCAGCUGGCAGCCUGUGCUGCAGGACCUGUCAUACCCACAGAUUGCAGACCUGUUGCUGGAUGCUAAACAUGCAGACAGAAGAUAUCCCUCGGUGUGGCCUCUGUCGCUGUUGGCGUUCCGUGCCACGGCUCACGCUCUGGCGUUUCCCAGAGAGUGCAGGCGGCAGCGAGGCGGCGUGUCCGGCUCGGUGAAGCCGGAAGAGUUCCUGGAGAACCAAAGUCAGAGCUCGCUGCUCGGACACAUAUUCAGGAAACAUGUGAAACCCAAGAAACAGCACGAGAUCCGCAAGCUGGGAACGCUGGUGAAAGGACUUUGUGAGCAGACUGACUGCAGCAGAGUGGUGGACGUGGGCUCUGGACAGGGUCAUCUGACUCGGUUCCUGUCCUUCGGACUCGGACUGUCCGUCACCGCAAUCGAGGCUGACCACACCCUGGUUACCAUGGCAUCCAAGUUUGACGGACAGUUAGUGUGGGCCUUAGAGAAGGACAAGCAGAAACAGAAUUUCUCCUCUCUGGUCCCAGUGUCACACUCCUCUCCCCGCCAUGUGGCCGGCUGGGUAAACCCCAAAGCAUCAUGGGAAGCCUUCAUCGAGCAGCUGUGGACGGCAGAUUGUGUCAACGAGGAUCCCCCGACUCCAUCUGGACCCAGCAAAAAGAGACUGCGGGGCUCUGAGUAUCAGGAGCGCUGUCAUGUGGUCCAGACGUCAUCAUGUGGUUCUACAGACUCACAUGGCUCUGAGUCAACGUCACAACACCAGCCGAGUAAGAAUGAGUCUGAGGAGUCGUCAGCUGUGGAAAACAUCCAGCAAGACUAUCCAGACUUUGUCCUGACUGGUCUCCACGCCUGCGGCGACCUCAGCGCCACCCUCCUCCGCCACUUCGUCAGCUGCCCACAUGUCCGCGGCAUCACCUCUGUGGCGUGUUGCUACAUGAAAAUCACAACCAGAGAAAACCCGUCCCCGCCUGGACUGGUGGAAUGUCCCACUCUGCCGACACCAGGUCAGGAAUCGCCUCCCUCAGAGUUCGGGUACCCCAUGAGCUCCUGGGUGCGAGGGCUGCCGGGACAUCGGCUGUCUUACAAGGCGCGGGAGGCGGCGUGUCACGCCAUCGAGGAUUACAUACGGAGGCUUCGAGAGGAGAGCGAGCUGCUGAGGACUCACUGUUACCGGGCGGCGCUGGAGUCCUUCAUCAGGGAUACCAGACCGGAUCUACGCAGGGCAGGAAUCCAGACCAUAAAGAAAGCACACUUGUUAGAGUUUACAGAGUACGCCUGUCUCGGGCUGCCUCGGGUCGGCCUGCCUCCCGGGUUGCCUCUGGACCCGGAGCGGGUGGAGGCCAUGUUGAAGCAGCAGGGCAGGGUGGUGGUGUACUUCAGCCUGUCCCUGCUGCUGGCUCCUGUGGUGGAGACGCUGGUGCUGCUGGACAGGAUGAUCUACCUGCAGGAGAACGGUGUGGACAGUCAGCUCGUCCCUCUGUUCGACCCAAACUUUUCUCCGAGGAACUUUGUGCUUGUGGCUCUGAAGGCUCGUGGAUGAGAAGAGAAAAGUCCAACUACAUUUGUGACUGUUUGAUGGAGAAGUUUACAAAAAGUCUGGUUCUUGUUUUUACAACACGAGGAACCGAACGUCUUAUAGCGUCUGUUUUUAGAGAUUCAACCAAUGAGCAGGUUUUUCUUGCCGGACGUCCUUUGACACAUUUUUACUGGAUGGAAAACGUCUCUCCUGCAGAAAGAGUGUGUUUCUGUAACAACAUGGACACUCGGCUCUGCUUCAAUCGGCUUUACAGUGAAUCCAUGCAGCAGCUUUUAAAACGUCCAACAUCAUGUUUCUUUGUUGGACAUUUUGCACUCAGUGUCUUGAUAAUCGCACAGUUUGGCUUCAUGUGUUUGUCUUCUGUUUGUCUUCCUCUUGUUUCUGCUACAUUACAUAACAAACAUGCAGCACGUGUUUGUGUUUUUUUUUAUGUGUUUUAAAUGUUUUGUGCAAAUAAACACAACAAGUGCUUUUUCAUUUUA